CCCGCUGAACCUGGCUUGUGUAAUUCGUUUGUCCGUGUAUCAUCAGCUCAUCCACGGCUUCGCACACCAAGUGUUUGAUUAUUUGCGUCACCGAACGAAGAAUCUUAACGGUUCCUGGAUUAUGAAUGGUAAGCAUAAACAACCUUGGCAGUGGUGAAUGCGGAUGCACUUGAGGCCGUUCUUUUGCGAGGUUAACCUGUUGAACAGGUUAAGCUCGCAAGUGCAAGCUCGUUCAUAUAUCCGUCGUCGUGAACCGUUUCUCACCAAAGUUUCUCACUACCUCAACCGUGCCAAACUCAUUGACUCCAUUAGACUCACUCUACGCUCUAAACACCCCGACGCCUCUCUUCCCUCUCUCAUAAACCACCGUCUUUUUGACUCUUUCGUGCUCACUCAUGCCCUUCGUUCUUCCCCUUCUGCAGAUUCCGCUCUUUCCAUUGUCCAUGCCCUUGAAAAGAAUUCCAAUUUUUCCCACACCGACCACACACUCCAUGCACUUGCAACUGUUCUUGCCAAGGCUGGUAGAUGCUCCGAGCUCAAAUCUCUCAUUGAUGCUAUCCGAGCCAACCGAUUCGGCACUUUUCGGAUCAGCUCCAUGAAUCUCAUGCAGUGGCAUGCUGCAGCUGGGGACCUCGACACUGUCCUUCAAGUGUGGGAACAGUAUACACUCGAGAGCAACCAUCUCUGCACUGAAUCAUAUAACAUUGUUAUGGCUCUUUAUGCUCAAAUGGGAAAGGACUCGGAGGCUGUACAAGUUUUUCAGAGGAUGAUUGAUGAAGGGUCUCUGCCGAAUUGCAGGAGCUGCACUAUAAUAAUCGAGCACCUUGUGAAGGCCCGGAUGUUAUCAGAAGCAUUGGAGGUUUUUAACCUGUUGCCUUUGAUGAGGAUCAAACGCACUUUGAAGCAGUAUUCCGUACUGCUAGAGGGUUUUGUAGGUAGCAAACGGUUUGAUGAAGUGAAAAUUUUAGUUGAUGAAAUGCAGGUUGAUGGAAUACUUCCUAGUAGACGCGUGAGUUUGUUGCUGCAGCAGAUGAAGGAGGAGGGAAUUCUUGAAGAUAAGGAGCAAUUACUGCGAGGAAUUUUGCCAGAUGAGAGAAUCAGAAGCGUAAGUUAUUCUGUUGAUGGUGGUGACGGGGAGGAUGAUGAGAAUGAGAUUGAGGUUGAAGACGAGAAUAUAAAUGAUGCUAGUCAAUGUGAUCUUGUUGAUGGAGUUCAUUUAAAACCGUGGCUGGACCCACGGGCUUUGGCCAGUGCCUUGCGGAAUUGGAGUCCUGAUGAGGUAGCAGCACUAGAGGGUGCAAACUUUGUGUGGACAACAAGGUUGGUUUGCAAGAUGCUUAGAAGUUUCAAAACACCAGAAGCUGCAUGGAGUUUUUUCUGCUGGGUUGCUAAUCAAAGUGGAUUUACUCAUGACAUAUACACUGUACAAAGAAUCAUGACCCUACUAGCACGCCAUGGACGUACUGACUUGGUUAAUACACUCAUCUCCAAGAUCAGAAUGGAGGGAAUGAGACUACCAUUCAGCACCAUCAGGCUGAUCAUUGACUUUUAUGGGAUUUCAAAAAAUGCUGAUGCUGCUAUGAAGGUUUUCAAUGACGAUCGAAUACUUUGCGGUCCCAUAUCAAAUGUAAACCUGAUGCUUCUGUAUUCGUCUCUUCUAAGAACAUUGACUAAGUGUGGAAGAAACUCCGAUGCCUUGGAUAUGCUUGAUGACAUGAUUUUAAAUGGUAUUUGCCCAGACAUCCAGACAUUUUCAGGCCUAAUGCUGUACUUUUCACAGCUUGGGGACAUAAAAACAGUGCAAAAGCUCUUUGCAAUGGUUAGGCAGAGCGGUCUAGAGCCAGAUGCUUAUUUGUUUAAGGUAUUAAUCCAAGGUUAUUGCACGUCAAAUAGAGCUGCACUAGCAUGGAGGCUCUUUGAAGACAUGAAGAAUUCUGGUUUAGUGCCUGACUCUGCCACCAAAGAGUUGUUAGUUAAGAGUCUCUGGAAAGAGGGGAGACGAAGAGAGGCUGCAGCAGUAGAAGAGAGUUUUGAGGAAAUAAAUACGGUUCUUCCACUUACAUUGCAGGGUCAUGAAUGGACUGUCAGCUCUGCAGAUCUCACAAGACUUUAUAAUAUUUAUUCUAAUUCUUUUGCUUAAAAUGGGGGCCAGAGUUGUCCAUCGGCCUAUACGAUAGGUGUGAAUUCCUUCGUACAUGAAAUCUCUGCACACAUUCUUACAGUUAUGAAUAAACAAGGGAUGCACUAAGGUAGUGAAAGAAACGGUCGCGGAACAACGUUAAGAGAAACAGAUACGGACGGUAUAUGGGUGAAUCAUCAAUUUGAUCCCUGAAAUAUUGUUCUCUCGUCAAUGGUUCUUAGAGUAAGGAAAAUUACUUAAAAAGCAUUUGAAACUAUCUCAAUCACAACAAACCAAUGGAACAAACUUUUCAUGCCCUUCCGAUUCACCUCCUUCUUGUGAAACCUAUGUGAC